GUUUAGCUAUAUGCGAUCUUUGUCAUUUCUUCAAAGAAUUGUGUGGCAAGGUUCUUAAUGAGCAUAAUUUGGAGCACUUGGAGAAUCGAAUUGCCAAAACAUUGUGCCAGUUAGAAAAGAUUUUCCCUCCAUCUUUUUUCACUAUAAUGGUACAUUUGUUAAUUCAUUUGGCAUAUGAGGCAAAAGUUGCAGGUCCUGUUCAUUAUCGAUGGAUGUAUCCAAUUGAAAGGUUCCUUUUUACUCUAAAGUCAUUUGUUCGUAAUCGAGCACAUCCAGAGGGAUCUAUUGCAGAGGGUUAUUUAGCUCAUGAAUGCUUGAUAUUUUGUUCCCGAUAUCUCUCUUCGGUGGAAACUUAUUUUAAUCGACCUAGUCGAAAUGAUGAUUCGGAUUUUGUGGAAAAUACAAAUCUUUUAAAUCCUAGAGGGAGACCAUUGGGGAGAAAGUGUAAAGUUGGAUUCAAUGUGAAGAAAAGAAAAAGGGCUUCUCGGAUCUCCCUUGACAAGAAAACAUUGUUGCAAGCACAUAGAUAUGUGCUUUUUAAUAGCCAUAAUGUCGACCCCUUCCAAAAAGAACACAUUGAUCUUAUUAGGAGACAAAAUCGUCGACUAUCUUCUUAUGAAGUUGACAAAAUUCAUGGUCGAUCAUUUUCUGAUUGGUUCCGUGAACGAGUUUCACGGUUGGAAGAGCAAGGUAGUGCUCUAGUGACAGAUGAUAUCAAAUGGCUUGCACGUGGUCCACUAGAAAUAGUGAGAAAAUAUAGUGGUUAUAUUAUUAAUGGAGUUAGAUUCCAUACAAAGAAGCGCGAAAGAGGCUUAAAGACUCAAAAUAGUGGCAUCGUAGUUACUGUUAAGACAAAAAGUUAUGCUAGUUCAAGAGAUAAGCACCCGAAAGAAGGGCAAAUCAACUAUUAUGGUGCACUCACAGAUAUAAUUCAAUUAGAUUAUUCUGGAAAAUACAAGGCAUUAUUGUUCAAGUGUGACUGGGUUGACAUAAAUAAAGGUUGUAGAAUUGACAACUUAGGCAUGACAUUAGUCAAUUUCAAUUAUUUGCAACAUACAGGAAAUGAUGUAUGCGAUGACCCAUUUAUUUUGGCCUCUCAAGCCAAAAAAAUAUUCUAUGUAGAGAAUAGAACACAAAAUGAUUGGUUUGUUGUUGUGCAUGCUAAAGUUAGAGAUGUGUAUGAUUUGGGUGAUGAGUUGUCCAAUGAUGUAGAUCAAGUGAAUGAACAAGUCUUGCAAGAUAUAAAUGACAACGACUUGAUUAGACCAGAAGUUGAUGAUAAUCAUGAUAUCAUGGAAGUUACAACAUCCAUGGAGAGCAUUCUCCAAAAUGAUGAGGGUGGUGAUGAUACAGAGGAUGAGAGUGAGGGAGACUUCUUCUAAUAUAUAGAGCAAAUUAUUUAUCAAUCAAUUUAUUUGACUUCUAAUUUAUUGAAGUUACAAAGAAAGUACCAUGGGGAAGCGCAUAAGGAAGUUGAAUACUACUCAAAAUUGUGGACAAUCACAAGAGGAAGGGCACUCAAUUGAUGGCUAUAAUGAACUCAACCAAAAUAACCAUUCU